AUGUGUAGUUCAGGCACACAUCAAUAUCUCCCUUACAUCAUUUAUAUCACAUAUGCAGUUGCGUCAAAGUUUUUUUUAACAAAACUAAUCUCUCUGCCAUUUAAGACUGUGCAUAUUUUCUUUUUUUCAGCUCUGGUUGAGCGUGUUUUUCUACGUAUUGGUUCCGCUGAUACUGAUGAACAGCUAGAAGUUGCUCUAGGAAAAUUUCUCACUCCAAUUCUUUUAAAAUUAAACAGUUCAGAAGAUGGCAUUCGAACAAAGGUGAUGGAGUUGUUAGUACAUAUAAAUAAAAGAUUGAAAAGUCGAAGUAAAGUUCAACUACCAGUAGAAUCAUUAUUGACUCAGUUUCAAGAUCCUACAGCUACUCCAUUUGUUACAAACUUUACUAUUUUGUAUAUCAAGAUGGGGUUUCCUCGGUUAGAUCCUGUUAAACAAGCAGAGUUAUUGCCCAUGUUGAUUAAUUGUUUAGAGGGUCGACCAAGCAACCAAAAAGACAGUUUGCUAUUAUUAAUGAUACCAGCUAUUCAACAUCUGAAAUUUCCUUCUGAUUUAACAAAGAGAAAGUCUAUGUUUCAACUAGCAGAUAAACCUGAAAUAACUAAGUUAUUAUUAGAUUUUAUGAUGGAUAUUUUACUAUUAACAUACAGUGCACAUGCUUCAGCUCAAGCUGCUAGAUCUGGUGGUGGUGCUGGAGGGCGUGGUCCCCCAGUUACAGUUCCUCCUGGUCUCAGUGAAAAUUCUCUUAAACGUGUUCUAGGAGAAAAUCCUAUGACACCAGAAGGUUUAGAAAAGGCAAAGUUAGGAAUAUUGAAUUUUUUAGGAGCUGGAAUUCUGUCUGACAAUGACCUAGUAUGUCAUUACAUAGUAGCAUCAUCAGAUACAAGACAUAGUGUUGCAACAUCAGCUGAUAUGGAAUUAAAGAGAAUAAUGGGAAGUAUAGAUUGGAACAGUAAAGAAAUUAUUAGUAAAUUAUAUAAGAUAUUUCAAGGCACUGUUGUAUUAAAAGGACAAGUGAGUAUAGAAGGUUGUAGACUGUUACCAGAAGAUAGAAGAGUUCCAGUUUGUACCAGAAUCAGAUUGAAAAUUUUCCCAUUCUUCUUGAAGUCUAAAGAGGCAGUUGGCAUGUUCCCAUCUUGUAUUCAGGUGGUUUUUGAUUGUUUAUUUGGUACUAAUCUGAAUGCCAAGUUACGUGUUAUGGCUGUGCAGUUUGUACAUCAUAUUUGCUAUAACUGUGAAGACAGUAAAUUUAAGAUGUUUGAUGCUGUUCUAUUGUCUGGUAUGAUCAAACUUAUUGGAGAGGCCAAAGAGGACAGUAAAUUACGUAGUUUAGCCUAUGUUGCAGUAGGUAAAAUAGCUAGACGAUCUCCAGACAGAGUAGCCAAAGAUAUGACCUUGAUACAACAGUUUUUUCAAUCAGUCUGUGAGGAAGAUACCGAAACCAGACUAGCAGUUCAAGAAGCACUAUCUUUAAUGUCAGAAGCCUUUAAAAAAUUAGAUGAAACCAACCUUAAACUAUUGGAAGCUUUGAUUAUGCAGUAUAUAGACAAGGUAGAACCACAAGCUAGGUUAGUAGCUGUACAAUAUGCUAUAGCUGUAUUUCCUUCUAACCAUAUACCAUCAAGAUAUAUUUUACUCUUGGCAUCUGGAGAUAAUAAAGAUGAUAUAAGAGGUGAAUCUAUUAAAGAAUUGAAUAAUACAGAAAAUAAAGAUGGUGUAUCACUAGAAUUACCACAGUUCAUCAAUAUGAUACAAUAUAUAAAAGAAAAGGCACAACAAAGAAAAGAAAGUAAUCAGAAAUACGUAUCAGGAAAUACUGUCUUACCAUUCAAUCCAACAACUUAUACACAGAUGAUAAUAUAUUUACGUAUGUGUUUGAUAAAAAGUGCUGGUGGUAAGAAAGUUGUACAAACUACUGAUGAAAUAUUGAACGAAUCUCCACUACUGUCUCACUAUGUUAACCAGCUUUUGAGUACUUACACCACCAAUGAUGGUCCCAUACAGACCUAUAUAAAUAUGAUAAAAGAUAUACUCUCAGUCAAUUCUGAUUCCAAGACAAUGUUUUGUUUGUUAGAAGUUGUUGCUGUAGCAGCAGAUAAAUUAUCAUGUGACCUGUUGUCCAAUGUCGAUUGGCUGAUGAGCUAUGUCUUUUCCCCUAAGGAAGAUUUAAGGUUAAAUGCUAGUCAGUUGUAUGCAAUAUUAAUCUUUCACAGCAAUAAUCACAGUCUAAUUUCUGAUACAUUACAUGAACUUUAUAAUAAUAUACAGUCUAAAUCAGAGGUAAAAAUACAGCUGGGUUCAAUAUUAACAUUAGGAUAUAUAAUAGGACAGAAAUUAUAUAGUAAAUACCAAGAUGUUACUAUAGAAGAUAUGGAUCAUACUUCAAUACAUGGACAAACAGAUAAUAUUAGAGAUAUUGUUAUCAAAAUAGUAUCCAUUAUGACGAGUGGAAAUGCUAACCUAUCAAGUGCUGCUUGUAUUGCAUUAGGUGAAAUUGGCAGAAAUGGAUCAUUACCCCUGCCAUCUGGUGGUGAUGGUGACAAUCAAGGGCAGAUUACCAUAAUGUCUGUUAUCAAACAUUUCUUAUCUAUUCUUCAAAAGAGUGACCAUUCAAACAAGAUGAAAGAAAAAGCUGCCAUGGCUCUAGGUUAUAUAUGUAUUGGUGAUGUAGAUUUUCCACAUAGAAAACAUGUCAUGUCGGAAUUAUUCAAUGCUGUCACAGGUAAACAAGUUGAUCUUCAUUUUACCAUUGGGGAAGCUUUAGUUUGCGUGGCUGAAGGAAAGAAGUCUGUUUUAGCUCGUGAUUUAUGGAGAGAAGAACCUGAAGAAUAUACAAAAAAACAUGCUGAAAUUAAAGAUGAGAUGAAGUAUUAUUUAGAUCAGAUAUUAACUGUUUAUAUACCACAUUCUAAUCAACAUUUACGUCAGGCUGCUUGUAUAUGGUUACUGAUAUUAUUAAGAAAAUCUGGUCAUCAUCCUGUUAUACAGAAAAAAAUUAUUGAUAUACAGAAAGCUUUUAUGAGAUUGUUAUCUGAAAAUGAUGAUAUAACACAAGAUAUAGCAUCUAAAGGAUUGGGCUUGGUGUUUGAUAUUUGUACACAAGAACAGAAAGAUUUACUAGUUUCUACAUUAGUUGAUACUUUAACUACUGGUAAAAGUACUAAACAUGAAGUAACCAGUGAUACUACAGUAUUUGCUGAAGGUUCUAUUGGCAAAGCACCAGAUGGUGGUGGUCUAUCAACUUAUAAAGAAUUAUGUUCAAUAGCUAAUGAUUUAAACCAACCUGACUUAGUUUAUAAAUUUAUGCAUUUAGCACAUCAUAAUGCUGUUUGGAAUUCAAGAAAGGGGGCAGCAUUUGGAUUUAGUACUAUAGCAGCUCAGGCUGGUGAACAGUUAGCACCCUUUCUACCACAAAUGGUACCAAAACUUUAUAGAUACCAGUUUGAUCCCAACCCUAAAAUACAGCAAGCUAUGAGUAGUAUCUGGAAUGCUCUUGUUAAAGAUAACAAGAAAACGGUUGAAAUUUAUAUGAAACAGAUAUUGGAUGAUUUGAUAAAGAAUUUGACCAGUAAUCAAUGGAGGAUAAGAGAAUCAAGUUGUUUAGCUGUCAAUGAUUUAUUACGUGGUAGAAAUAUUGAUGAUAUUAUUGAGCAACUACCAGAAUUGUGGCAGACAUUAUUACGGGUCAGAGAUGAUAUUAAGGAAUCUGUACGAACUGCUGCCCAUACAGCCUGUAAAACUCUUAGUAGAGUGUCUGUUAAAAUAUGUGAUAUUAAUAAUGGUAAAGUAGGAGAAAGAGCUAUACAGUCAGUAUUACCCUGUUUAUUAACUAAUACUUUAAAUAGUACAGUGAAAGAAGUUAGACAAAUUGGAUUAUCAACUAUAUUAGAUAUCAGUAAAAACUCUGGUAAAUUAUUAAAGCCACAUAUACCAGUGUUAGUUAUAGCUUUAUUGGAAGCUGUCAGUGGGCUGGAACCCCAAGUUUUAAAUUAUUAUAGUUUACAUAUGGGUAGUCAAGAUACCCAAGAAAAGUUAGAUAGUGCUAGGAUUUCAUACUCUAAAACAUCACCUAUGAUGGAAACAGUCAGUAAGUGUGUACAGUAUGUUGAUGAUACUAUUUUACCAGAGUUGGUACCGAGAUUAUGUGAUUUAAUCAAAUCUGGUAUUGGUGUGGCUACUAAGGCAGGUUGUUCUAGUUUUACUAUAUCUUUAGUACAUCACUGUCCUAAUGAUUUAGCACCAUAUGCAGGAAAGUUAAUGGCUUCCUUUCUGAAUGGAGCCUGUGAUAGAAACUUAUCUGUUAGAAAAUAUUAUUCCUCUGCUUUGGGUCAUUUAUCAAAGAUAGCAAAAGAUAGCAGUGUUGAAAAGUUGAUAGCAAGAAUUAAAAGCUGGUAUUUAGAAAAAGAGGAUGAAAAUGCACACAGUGCUAGUGGUCUAAUCCUACAUGCUAUGAAUAGGCAUAGUCCUGAUGCUUUACAAAGAAAUGCUGCCUUAGCUAUGCCUUUAGCAUUCUUUGCCAUGCAUCAAAAAAUUAAUGAAGAUGAAACAUCAAAACAAACUAUAAAGAUAUGGCAAGAUGUAUGGAAUGAAACAACCCCCAGUACAGAAUCGGGUGUACGCUUAUAUCUUGGUGAAAUAGUUUCUAUUCUACAAUCAUCACUAGACUCACAAUCCUGGACAACCAAAGCUCAAGCUGCUGUUUCUAUGACAACAUUGGCCACUGAAUCAGGCACCAAUCUAAGCUCUCCACAUUUGAACCAAAUACUACAAGCUUUGAUCAGUGGCUUACAAGGUAGAACUUGGGGUGGAAAGGAAGAAUUAUUAAAGGCUUUAUCAACUGUAUGUACAUCAUGCAGGGAAGCUAUAUCAAAUGAAAUGUUAAACAAUCAGCCAGCAAUACAUCAGAUAACUGACUGUGUUUUGAAAGAAUGUAGAAAAGAAAAGAGUGACUAUAGAUUAGAGGCAUGGAAAUGUAUGUCAGCUGUAUUAGAAGAAUAUGAAAUUGAUAAAUUUCAAGAUAUGUGGGAUAUCAUGAUACCUGUUUUACAAAAGGUAAAUCUUAAUCAGAAAGAUGAUGAUGAAGCUAUAAGUAGUAAUUUAAAAGAAAGCAAUAGAGAAUGUAUAUAUUUAUGUUUAGGACAAUGUUGGCCAUAUACAUCCUCUGUACAAGAUGAUUAUAAGAAGAAGUUAUUAGAUUUACUACUAUCAUCAUUACCUCUCAGUACAUGGAAAGUACAAGUCUCAAUUUUAAAAUCUUUAAAUACAUAUAUUGAGAGGUAA